AGUGGCUGUUACAGUCUCUGUAGUUGGACCAUAAAGGAUGAUUGUUAUCAACAGAUAAGACCGAUCUAACUAGGUAUAUAUAAUUUUGGUUCGGACGAAAAGAUUUAGAUUCAAAAAAACAGCAAAAUGUUGAAUUACUCCACAAUAUUCACGUUAUUAUUAAUAAUUUCAUAUGUCUCACUAUCUGAGGGUAAAGCCUCUAAUGGAAAGCGACAGGAUAUAAGAAAGUUCCCAGAAGGUUUUCAAUUCGGCACUGCCACUGCUUCAUAUCAAAUUGAAGGAGCUUGGAAUGAAGACGGAAAAUCUGAAAAUAUUUGGGAUCGAUUAACACACGAAGAUCCUUGCGCCAUAAAAGACUGUUCAACUGGAGAUAUUGCCGAUGACUCUUACCAUCAAUACGAAAGAGAUGUCGAGAUGAUGAGAGAACUAGGUCUUGAUUACUACAGAUUCUCCCUUUCUUGGAGCAGGAUUCUACCCACAAGCUUUCCAGAUAAAAUAAAUGAAGCCGGAGUAGCAUAUUACAACAAUCUAAUUAAUGAAAUGUUGAAAUAUAAUAUUGAACCUAUGAUAACCUUGUACCAUUGGGAUUUACCGCAAAAGUUGCAAGAUCUCGGAGGAUGGACGAACCCACACAUUGUAGACUGGUAUAGCGAUUAUGCUAGAGUAUGCUUCGAACUUUUUGGAGACAGAGUUAAAUACUGGAUAACCAUGAAUGAACCACGUGAAGUCUGCUAUCAAGGUUAUGGGUAUGACACAAUGGCCCCUAGGUUAAAUAUGCAAGGAGUUGCUGAAUAUAUGUGCGCCAAGAAUUUACUCGUGGCCCAUGCAAGGGCUUAUCACAUUUAUGAUGAAGAGUUUAGACCACUGUACGGCGGCACUAUUGGAAUCACCUUGAGCACUAAUUGGUACGAGCCAAUGACUGAAAAUGAUGUUCAAGCUGCUGAAGACGAAAACCAGUUCGAGUGGGGACAGUAUGCUCAUCCGAUAUUCUCAGAAACCGGGGAUUUUCCGCCAGUUAUGAAGGAAAAGAUAGCAGCCAAGAGUGCUGCCCAAGGCUUUGCUAGAUCUAGAUUACCUGAAUUCACCACAGAUGAAAUAGAAUACGUUAGAGGAAGCUCAGACUUCUUGGGACUAAACCACUACACCACUUAUUUGGUUUAUAGAAAUGAUUCUGUCUACACUGCCCAUAAUGUCCCAUCAUAUUAUGACGAUAUGGACUGUUUGUCAUAUCAGCCUAGUGAGUGGGAAGGUUCUGCCUCAAAUUGGUUAAAGAAAGUUCCUUGGGGUUUCUACAAUCUGCUAAUGAAAAUCAAGGAAGACUACAACAAUCCCAUUAUCUACAUUACUGAAAAUGGCUUUUCUACUACGGGCGGUUUGGAUGAUGAAAAUCGCAUACUUUACUAUAGAGAAUACCUCGACGCCAUGUUGGAUGCCAUAGAUAAAGGAGUGAAUGUGCAAGCUUACACUGCUUGGAGUAUCAUGGAUAAUUUCGAGUGGAUGAAAGGAUAUACGGAACGGUUCGGCCUGUAUGAAGUAGACUACGAGAGUCCACAAAAGACCCGCACCCCCCGUAAAUCAGCCUUCGUGUACAAGGAGAUCAUUCGCAGCCGCGCGCUGGAUUGGGGCUACGAACCUGACACUACGGUUAUGACUAUUGAUGAGGGACAUAUAGCCCAAUUAAUAAUAAUUGUAUUAGCAUAUACCUCAAAGUCCGAAUGUAAGACGAUCGAUGGAAAGCAUCAGGAUGUUAUAAGACAUUUCCCAAAAGAUUUUCUUUUCGGCACCGCCACCGCCUCAUAUCAAGUAGAAGGAGCGUGGGAUGAAGAUGGCAAAUCAGAGAAUAUUUGGGACCGAAUGACACACGAGAACCCUUGCUCCACAGCAGACUGUUCUAAUGGGGACAUUGCUGAUGACUCUUAUCAUCAGUAUGAGAGAGACGUCGAGAUGAUGAGAGAGCUAGGUCUCGAUCAUUACAGAUUCUCUCUCUCUUGGACAAGAAUUCUACCUACCAGUUUCCCAGACAAGAUAAAUGAAGCUGGAGUAGCUUACUAUAACAAUCUCAUCAAUGAGAUGUUGAAAUAUAAUAUUGAACCUAUGGUAACCUUAUAUCAUUGGGAUUUACCGCAAAAGCUACAAGACCUCGGUGGAUGGACGAACCCUCACAUUGUGGACUGGUUUGGAGACUAUUCGCGUAUAGCCUUCGAACUUUUUGGAGACAGAGUCAAAUACUGGAUAACCAUCAACGAGCCACGAGAAGUCUGCUAUCAGGGAUAUGGUUUUGUUACUAAAGCACCUAGAUUAAAUAUACAAGGGAUUGCUGAAUAUAUGUGUGCUAAGAAUUUACUUGUAGCCCAUGCGAAGGCUUUUCAUAUUUAUGAUGAGGAGUUCAGGGCAGUGCAAGGCGGGACUAUUGGUAUCACCUUGGGUACACAGUGGUAUGAUCCAGAGUCUGAAAAUGAUAUCGAAGCUGCUGAAGAUGCAAUUCAAUUUGAGUGGGGUAAAUACGCUCAUCCAAUAUUCUCAGAAACUGGAGAUUUUCCACCGGUAAUGAAAGAAAAAAUAGCAGCCAAAAGUGCUGAACAAGGUUUCCUCAGAUCCAGGUUACCUAAAUUUACCCCGGAUGAAAUAGAAUAUGUACGAGGGAGUGCCGACUUCUUUGGACUAAACCAUUAUACCACUUACUUGGUUUAUAGAAAUGAGUCUGUAAAUACCGCCUAUGAGGUUCCAUCCUUCUACAAUGAUAUGGAAUGCAUAAGAUAUCAGCCUAGUAAUUGGGAAGGUGGCGCUUCUACUUGGUUAAAGAAAACUCCAAAGGGCUUUUACAAUCUUUUGAUGAAAACCAAGGAAGACUAUAACAAUCCUAUUGUGUAUAUUACUGAGAAUGGUUUUGCUACAACUGAUGGUUUAAAAGAUGAUGAUCGUAUCCUUUACCAUAGGGAGUACCUCGAUGCUAUGCUCGAUGCUAUAGAUGAUGGAGUAAACAUCAAAGCAUACACUGCCUGGAGUAUCAUGGAUAAUUUUGAGUGGAUGCAAGGAUAUACGGAACGGUUCGGCCUGUAUGAAGUAGACUACGAGAGUCCACAAAGGACCCGCACCCCCCGCAAAUCAGCCUUCGUGUACAAGGAGAUCAUUCGCAGCCGCGCGCUGGAUUGGGGCUACGAACCUGACACUACGGUUAUGACUAUUGAUGAGGGACAUUGAAAAAUAGACUGAUUUCGCAUUUACCUAUGUUGAAGUUUGAAUUAUUUAAAACUACUUACUAAUUAUUGCAGAAAAAUAGCUGACUUUGUAAAUAAUUUAAACUCAAGUUUUUCCAAAUAAAUCGUCUUUGUCUUUGAGG